AUGCAUGCAGAGAAGAAAAAUAACUCAAACCACACGAUAUCAGCGCCUCCAAGUGACAGCCAUACCACCACCCCUUCCAAUUGCUUUCCAGAAAAGCCACCACCCGAACUUUACAUCCCGGACAACAAACGACACAAUAAUGAUAUUGACCCCGAGCAAGCCCAACCAGCAACACGUCCCGAGAUAGAAGCUCCUCCAGACGGCGGUUACGGCUGGGUAUAUCCACUUCGUAGGGAAUAUUUCCCCCCAGUACUUCUAAUAGAAACCAAUACAUUUCCCAGAGUGAGCAAUGUAAAUUUCGCUUUUAUGGGCGGUCUUUUCCUCAGCGUGGCACAAUUCAUUGCGCCCAUCGCCACAAUCACUAUGCGAGAAUGGGGAGCGAGGACCACCUUAACGAUAGGAAUCAUAUUGCAAAACACAGCAUUAUUGAGCGUGUCAUGUUCGACUGAAAUUUGGCAAUUAGUUUUGAGUCAGGGCAGUACUGGCUGGACUUUUCGAAUUUUGGCUAUUGCAUCAGCUGCUGCAUGUGGCUUUUCCACCAUCAUAAUAAAAUAUCAGAAUAAAGCAAUUGGAGCUGUUCAGAUCGCUUUUCAUACCAGCCUCUUGAAAAGACCAGAGUUCCUACUCACUUUAGCCUGGGGCUGUUUGAGCGUCUUGGGUUAUGUGGCUCUUCUCUUUUCAAUAUCCACCUACGUAAACAUAGUGGGCCUUACUAUAUUCCAAGGGUCGAUUCUUGGUGCUACGUCCAAUCUUGGAGGAGGUCUUGUCCGACCCGUUAAAGGAUACGCUAGCGAUGAUUUCGGACGAAUCGACACCGCACUUGUUUGUACAUUCUUGGCUGGUAUCUUUUCUCUUGUAGUUUGGAUCCUGACCAAAAAUUUUGGGGUCCUCAACUUCUACGCUUUGAUUGGUGGCGCUGUUUCCGCAACAUUUAUCACUACAGUUGCUCCAGUGGGCGCAGAAGUUUUAGGGUUACAAUUCUUACCAUCUGCUCUAUCUACAUUCUGGGUUUCGGUGGUCAUACCGAGCACAUUUGCCGAGUCAUGCACUUUGGUUGCGAACCAACAAUGGAGCCAAUUUUCUGCAUGCCCAGAUAUUCACUGGCUUUAUGUAUAUGGGGGUAACCUUUUCCCUUUGGCUUGUGUGAGCAUGGAUGAUAUCAGGGUUGCAAAAGACUGA